UCAAUGGGACUGCCUUCUCCAAUCGUGAAUCCAGAAAUCUUGUACAAAAAGAUUUUCAUUAACAAUGAAUGGGUUGAUUCGGUGAGUGGAAAAACGUUCCCGGUGAUUAACCCAUCUACAGGAGAAAUCAUCGCUAAUGUCCAAGAAGGGGAUAAGGCUGAUGUAGACCUGGCGGUGAUUGCAGCAAAGAAAGCCUUUGGACAUGAUUCAGAAUGGCGGACUAUGGAUGCCAGUGUCCGUGGUGAACUACUUUAUAAACUGGUAAAUUUGAUUGAAAGAGAUGCAGUUUACAUUGCGAGUUUGGAAACUCUGGAUAAUGGGAAACCAUUUAAGGAUUCUUAUGGAAUUGAUGUCCCUUACACCGUGAAAUGUCUCCGGUAUUUUGCUGGAUGGUCUGACAAAAUACAAGGGAAGACAAUCCCAAUGGAUGGAGAAUUUUUCUGUUAUACGCGACACGAACCUGUUGGUAUUUGUGGACAAAUUAUUCCUUGGAAUUUCCCUUUACUAAUGAUGGCGUGGAAAAUUGGACCCGCCCUCUGCUGUGGAAACGUUAUAGUGUUAAAACCAGCAGAACAAACUCCUCUCACAGCACUAUAUACUGCUCAACUGGCAAAAGAGGCUGGUUUUCCGCCAGGAGUACUUAAUGUUGUGCCUGGUUAUGGUCUAACUGCUGGAGCGGCCAUUUCUAAUCAUCCAGACAUCGAUAAAGUAGCGUUCACAGGAUCAACAGAGGUUGGUCAAAUUGUAAUGGAAGCAGCAGCUAAAACAAAUCUCAAGCGCGUGACACUAGAACUUGGCGGGAAAAGUCCAAAUGUCGUGUUUGCUGACGCUGAUUUGGAUUUUGCAGUGGAGAUGUCUCAUUUUGGCUUAUUCUUCAACAUGGGACAAUGUUGUUGUGCGGGCUCUCGUUUAUAUGUACAAGAUGAAAUAUAUGAUGAAUUUAAGAGUAAACUGGUGGAGAAAGCAAUCAAAAGACCUGUUGGAGAUCCUUUCGAUGAGGGCAAUGACUCAGGACCUCAGGUGGACCAGGAUCAGUUUAACAAGAUACUAGAGUUAGUAGAAAGUGGAAAGCAGGAGGGAGCAGUUCUUGAAUGUGGUGGGAAAAGACAAGGUGUCAACGGAUUUUUCAUUGAACCGACUGUUUUCUCAAAUGUAAACGAAGACAUGAGAAUUGGAAAAGAAGAGAUUUUUGGACCAGUACAAACUCUCAUUAGGUUUAAGACUAUGGACGAGGUGAUCAAAAGAGCUAACAAUACAGCAUACGGUUUGGCUGCUGCCAUCUUUACCAGGGAUAUCAACAAGGUGAUGACGUAUACUAGUCGUGUCAGAGCUGGAACCAUAUGGGUGAAUUGCUACAACGUUUUAAGAACAACGUGUCCUUUUGGUGGUUUCAAGAAAUCUGGAAUUGGAAGGGAGUUGGGAGAAUAUGGCCUUCACCAAUACUCAGAGGUUAAAACAGUCAUUAUCAAUGCACCGAACGCACCUAUUGAAAAGCCAGCAAUUGAAGCUGAAAAAAUCGAAAUCGUAACGGAUACAUCGAGGAAAAUAUAUAAAUCUGUAAUCGAUUUCGUACCUGCCAAAUCUGAAAACACCGAAACUCCAGAUCAAGCAAUUAUUGAUAAUCCAAAGAACCCAUAUGUAUCAACAUCCGGGGUGAUGAUCAGUAUGCCCAACCAGAAUAUCGUGAAUGCCGACGAUAAUCAACAGAUCAUUGAAGGUACGGACAACAUUGGUAAAAGUGAAGUUAUCGAUAAAACAUCAUGUAGCAAUGACGAUGUUGGUGAUGGUAAUGACAAGGAAGAGGAAGACGUUACUACUAAAAUGUAA